GUCCUUUCUUUGAACGAGGGGGAGGUUCUUUCUGGGGGAUUCCCUUUGUAUAUAUAAGUGUAGUCUUCUCAGUCUACAACUAAUCAUUUCUCCUUCAGGCAUCUUUCUCCCCUGUUUUGAUUCAUUAAAUCCAUUUUCAUCUUGAUUCAAUUUCAUCCUCUCUGUUUUUUUUCUUAACAUCUGUUUGAUCUUCCAUGGAUACCCUUCUUCAAGAUCUUCCCAGUUCUAUCCAUGGUUUAAGAUUCGAUCAUGGGUCGUUCCCUGUCUGUUCAAAUCACAAUCUUUUUUCUGGGUUGAACCCAAGUCGUAAUCUUGUGGUUCCUCCACCGCCGGUUCCACCUCCCAAUCCGGAAUCUCCACCGUCUCCGAUGGAUCCGGCUCCGUCGUUGGUUAUGAACCCGGAUGGGCAUCCCGAUGAUACUCCCUAUGCCAAUCUUGUUCUCAAGUACAUAAACGAGAUGCUGAUGGAGGAGGACAUGGAGGAGAAGACUUGCAUGUUGCAGGACUGUUUGGCUCUCCAAGCCGCGGAGAAAUCCUUCUAUGAAGUGCUCGUUGAACAUAGCCCACCAAGUGUACGUCAGAAUGCCCAAGACCCAAGUGAUAAUCUCUCUGAGAGCUUAAGUGCCAGCAAUUUGGUUGAUUCUCCUGAAAAAAGCUCGCUGGCAUCAGAUGCCGUGAGCGAUUCCUUUCUCAACUUUACCGGGUCUCCUUUUUUGCAGGAAAGCAACCCAUCAAGGUCGAGAGGGAGGAAGAAUUAUGAGCGUGGAGACGGUGGAUAUUUAGAAGAAGGGAGGAGCAACAAGCAAACUGCAUUUUCGGUCGACGAUUCCGAUUCUGAAUCAUCGGAGAUGUUCGACGAUGUAUUGCUCUGUAAGGGGGGAAAUGAUGGGCGUCUGUUGCCUACUGUUACUGAGAAAUCGCAAAACAAAGGGUCUACCGCCGGAGCAACUCGCCGGAGGAGGAAAAGCAACAAAGGGGAGGUGGUGGAUUUAUGGAGCAUCCUCACUCAAUGUGCACAGGCUGUUUCUAUCAAUGAUCAGAGGACUGCCACUGAGCUUCUGAAACAGAUAAGGCAGCAUUCGUCUGAGUCCGGUGACGGAACACAGAGAUUGGCGCAUUACUUCGCAAUGGGCCUGGAGACACGGGUCGCUGGCAUGGGGGCUCCAGCGUAUUCACCAGUAAGUAGCAGGACUUCCGCCGCUGAUAUCCUCAAAGCAUACGAGGUUUUUGUUUUGGCAUGUCCCUUCAAGAAAAUGUCGAAUUUCUAUGCAAACAAAAGCAUAGUAAAAUUAGCAGAGAAAGCAACCACCAUUCAUAUCAUUGAUUUUGGCAUCUGCUAUGGCUUUCAAUGGCCUUGCCUCAUCCAGCGCCUCUCCGAAAGGACCGGUGGACCUCCAAAGCUUCGCAUCACCGGAAUCGAGUUUCCUCAACCAGGGUUCCGGCCUGCAGAAAGGGUAGAAGAGACAGGGCGUCGACUGAAAAAGUACUGUGAGAGAUUCAACGUUCCAUUUGAGUAUAACGUCAUAGCUAAGAAAUGGGAAACGAUACGACUUGAAGAACUGAAGCUCGGCAAGGAUGAGGUGAUAGCCGUUAACUGCCUGUACAGGAUGAAGAACCUUCCUGACGACACAGUGGUACCCAACAGUGUAAGAGACACCGUCUUAAAACUGAUAAAAGAUAUCAAACCGGAUUUAUUCAUCCAUGGAGUCGUCAGUGGAACAUACAAUGCUCCUUUUUUUGUCACCAGGUUCCGGGAGGCUCUGUUCCACUUCUCUGCCUUCUUCGACAUAUUUGAGGUCAAUGUUAACCGUGAAAGUCAGCAGAGGAUGAUGUUCGAGAGAGAGAUAUUCGGGAAGGAUAUUAUGAAUGUGAUUGCUUGUGAGGGUAUACAGAGAGUCGAAAGGCCAGAGACAUACAAGCAGUGGCAGACUAGGCACCUGAGGGCUGGAUUCAGGCAGGUUGGUCUGGAUCAGGAGCUGCUGAAGACAGUGAGGAAAAUGGUGAAAUCAAGUUACCAUAGAGAUUUUUUAAUUGAUGUAGAUGGUAACUGGAUGCUGCAGGGAUGGAAGGGGAGAGUGAUCCACGCUCUUUCAUGCUGGAAACCUGCAUAGGAGUUUAGCAUAAGUAGUCUCACUGUUUCUUUCAUUCUUUUAUUCCCCAGCUAUUUGAUAUUUUUCAGUAGAAUUACCUGAGUUUAUCAGGUGCUUAUGUAAAAAUUUGUGCUCAUAGAUAGCAAGGAUGAUACGUUCCUUUGCAGUUCAAAGGAGGAUUUCUUAAAAUGAGUAACUAAGGGAAGUUCGUAAAGGAAACUGGACUUUUGAUAAAUAUGAUGAUAAAUU